GGGUCUGCCUCUCAUCCGGCUGUGCCUCUUCCUCAUCCACGAUUGCCGUCAUUGCCUGGCCCGCCGCCGGUAUCUGCUGCGUCGCUGAUAGCCAUAUAUCGCCGGACACGGAGCAGUCCACCAGCUAGUGUAAAUCGAACGCCGGACGCCGGAUCAGUCGCCGAUCGCAACGAAAUGGACAAAACGGCCCGGGGCAAGGCCCAGCAUCUCCGUGAGCUGCACCGUCGGCCACUUCCGGUCCAGAUCGCCCCGCAUGGUCUCGGGCUGCGGUUGCUGCUACCCUCAUGGCUGUACUUAUUCCGUCAGCCAGCUCGCCCAAAAGCCAUCUCGACCGUCAGCGGAUCCAUGGUGUGGAGCCCAGAAGACUAUCUUCUUCUCUGGCAGUGCGGCUUCUUUGGAAAGGGCACGCUUUCUCGCAGCGAGCUCACCUGGGAAAUGCGCCAGACUCGAGGAGGCGGAGGCGAAGGUAUCGCCGGACUGAAGCAGAAGACCAGCGACCCAUCAGGGUCGGCGCAAGAUCCCGGCAUCCUGUCUCUGGGCCAGGCUCUGGAUCUCGAGAGCAACCAGGACGACCCCGCUGCCCUGCCACCCUCGCUGAAGGGCCUAGAGUCGAUGCAGCUCACGGCCGAAGAGUCCUUCUUUCUGGCAUUCGCCUUGGGUUCACUCGAGGUCACCCACUCGGUUUCAAAGAAACAACUGACGAUCCUGGAUCUAUGGAGCAAGUUUCAUGCCGACGCAGUUGUGCAGCGGUCCCGCCAUCCUCCGACGGAGGGCGAGAUAUGGUGCCCAGACAAUCCGUUUGUGGUCGCAUACGCUGCAUACCACUUUUACCGAGCGCUCAAGUGGGUGGUUCGCUCGGGAAUCAAAUUCGGAACAGACUUUGUGCUCUACCAGAAAGGACCGGCAUUUCGUCACUCCGACUAUGCCGUCACCGUGAUCUCGACGAAGCCAUCGGCCCAGCGGCAGCAUAGCCCUGAGCCCGAAAUCGAAUCGUCCGGACGCCCAUCCAGCACCUGGCAGCAGUUCCUGGCAUCAUCACGGGUGUGCGCACAGGCCAAUAAGCGCAUGCUGCUCUGCUACGUUCAGGUUCCCGACACUUUGUCGGUCGAGACCCAUCGAGACGACCCUGCCGCGGCUCUGCGGCAGUACAGCAUCUUUGAUGUGGUUGUUUCCCGAUGGGUUCCACAGCGGACACGGGAAGCAGCGUAACGACACAAAUGUCCCUGCGUGUGAUCGAGCCAGAAGAGCCAGACGAUGCCCAAGUCCAUGUCAGGAGGUAGACGGCUCAGCUGAGCUGCGACAUUACUCGUCUGCAGCCUGCUCAGACUGAACCGGGACGCAGCAGCUUAUUGGGCUGAGUGAUGCUGAUCGAUCACUCAAGCGACAUUGAUCGGUGCUAGUACUGCCGUGAUGGACUCGGCCGAUGACUAUACCGCGAGACAGAUCCUCAAGGAAAUGGCUUACACUAUAUUCAGAAAAAAACGGGACAAUAUAGCCGUUUCCAUGAACAGUAGUAUGUGCUGUGCUCGCGUCAAGCAAAGCCACAAGAAAUAAAAC